AUGGCAGCAGACAAGCCACAAUACCAGCAUUUCAUUCCACAGUUUAUUCUAAAGAACUUCGACCACCCAUUCGUCUGUCCCAGAUCCUCCAAACCUGGCUCAAGAUGCAAAAAGCGCCACCACAAGAAAGGCAAACACCCCGGCGAUCGGGUGGUAAAUUGUCUACAACUGAUACCAGAGGGUUUUAAAAUUGAAGAGCACUCAAUAAAGCGAGUGUGCGGUCUUCAUGAAAUGUACACAGAUCCAACACCAACAGCCAAAUUUCCUCGCCAGCUGGAGGAGAAAUUCGGCAAGCUGGAGAAUAGGGCCAGUCAUAUUGUCCGCCACAUUAUCAAAUGUCACCAAGAGCAGGACAGCGUCAAGCUCACCAGGAUACAACAGACUACAUUGCGCAAGUUCGUUUACUUACAAAAGCAAAGAAGCUCUGGUUUCUACAAGACAUACAACCACGAGAGUAUUGACGAUUAUGACAUAAAUGAUCGGGCUCUUUUACGAGACUUUAUGACUAAAAAGGGAAUUCACCGACCAAUAGAUGUCUGGUUGCAGGGUUUAAGCUCUAUCAUUGAUCUUGAAAUGGAUGUGAAUAAAGUCUGGGUAGAGAUUCUCAAGGCAACUGUCUAUCCAGGUAUUUCCCGCCACUUCCAAGAGCAUAUCACGGAGUUUUGGAUGUCAUUUUGCACUCUUCUGGACGAAAACGAAGAAUUCAUCCUAACUGAUACGGCUUACUCCAUCUACGAAGGGCCAACUGAUGACUAUCAAGAUGCGAAAACUGGAGAAUGGCUUCGUUUGGGACCGCGCUUCCAUAUGUUUGCGCCUAUCUCCCCCCGAGUGAUGGUCAUAUUGCGUAGCAACCAUCUUCCAGAACCGCUCGAGGAUAGUAUCGCUGACCGAAGUGCUGAUCGGAAAAUGUGGCGACAGAUUGAGAUUGACUCAGUUUACGGAGUGGGUAAAACGUCAAUUUUGGAGGAUCUCCCCGUUCACAAAGCUUUCAACAGUUAUUCGCACAUUGUUGACGGAAAAUGGGUAAUGCGACAGGAUUGGGAUCGGCAGCUCCGUCAAACCGACACGUUUACAUUUCCCUUCUUCAAGAUUUCUACACAACAUGGACGCAUAAUAAGUGGACUUCUUCUUGAUCAUGCUUUCAAUGGUUCGACAAUCAUCUUCGACCGGAAAGGCCCAUUCCUCGACCUCCUCGAAUGGUUUCUGACGGAGCCAUGUGAGGUUGGCAAGAGGCUUGGCGGAGAGCAACAUGAAGAUCAGGAAAAGUACAUUGAGCGGCUGACAGCCUUGAUGCAUGUUGAGGGUCGGAAUAUCACCGUGAAUACCACGUCUCGACAGACAUGGCACCAUCUUGAUAUCGAAAGAUUUAGAAAUCAGACUAUUCAUGCCACGAGGUGGCUUGAGGAGAUCGAGAAGGGCCACGUCUACGACAAACAGGAUGAGGUAGAGCGGGAGGAAGUUCCUACAAAUGACCCAAACCCUGACGAUGAGGGACUUGGCAGCUGGAAAACCGCGGCCAAUCAGUGGCUCGAAUCCCUCGAAGAAAAGAGCUCCGAGAUAGAGCCAAUUGGUAACAAUUCCAACCAUCCUGCUGGAGGUGCGUCAGAUCAGACACACAAAAGCAACCCGCAGGGGAAUUCAGAGCAUUGGGAAAAGGAUAGCGAGGAACAGAAUGUUCUCGAUCCUACUGCAAAGUAUGGAGAUGGUUCUAGGGAGGAUUUGUUGGUUCCCGAAAUCCAUAAGAUAAUCAUCCGCCGGUGGAGAUCCCCUUCCUUCGGACAUGCCCUGUUAUCGGCUCGGAAGAUCCAGGCUGGAGACCUGGCAGAAGCGGAGGUGAUGUUUCGUGUCUGGCUCAUUAAUGGGCAGUUAGAUCUACGGAAGGAUAUUCCGGCCACCAACAGGCUUGGGAGGCUGUUGGAGAGGUUCCAGUCACAGCAACCAACCACUCUUUUCUGGCUAUUUUUGAAGGUAUUCAGGUACACUAUAUGGAGCCAAGAGCACGGUAAACCGACUGCUGAGGCUGAAUUGGAAGAAUGGGACUGGGAGGGGCCCGAGGAUAAGCUUUUGAACAGUAAAGUUGACUCUCUCCUUGCGAUGUUACAUGGGUACUAA